AUGAUGAUGUCCAACCUUCCAGAUGAUUUGGUAGAGGAGAUUCUCUCUACGGUUUCGUUGACAUCUACGAGAGCAAUGAGGUCUACUUGCAAAAAGUGGAACGCUUUAACUAAAGAUCAAAGCUUUACAGAUAAGCACAUCCGCAUGAAUGUUGUAGCCGCAUCAGGAGAACGAGAGUUUCUGAUGAUCAAGUUUGAUAAGGCUUAUUUGAUUGGCGUCAACCUCAUCUCCAAACCUCUUGUUGAUCAUCCGAGUCAUGGUUCAUGGUCAUGCUGCAACGAUAUGGUAUCCACUUGGCUAAUGAAUUCAGUCUCGAAGAAGAUUGGAGCUAGUUUGUUAUACAUCUCAACUGCUGAAGGUAUCUGGAAAAAUCUCUUACCUCGUUUCAAGCAAGAUGAUGCGCCUCGUGUUUAUGAGAUUGAACAGAGACUUACUUGUAUUCAACAAGGUUCUUUGGAUGUUAGUGCGUACUACACUGAGUUGGUAACGCUCUGGGAAGAAUAUAAGAAUUACAUAGAACUUCCUGUUUGCACUAGUGGUCGCUGCGAAUGUAAUGCAGCUGUUCUUUGGGAACGUCUACAGGAUCGUAGUAGAGUAACCAAAUUCUUGAUGGGGUUAAAUGAGAGUUAUGAACAGACGAGAAGGCAUAUCUUGAUGCUAAAACCGAUUCCAAAUAUGGAGGAAGCAUACAACAUGGUUACUCAAGAUGAAAGGCAACAUAUUGUUUCUCUCAAGCCUCCUGUGAAGUCUGAUAAUGUAGCAUUUCAGACGACUGGUUCUUAUGAAGGUGAUCCUGCUAAUGGAUCGUAUGUGGUGGAACCAUAUGAGUAUGUAGCAGCUUACAACACUUAUAGACCAAAGAGUAAUAGACCGAUGUGUACCCAUUGUGGGAAGAUGGGACACAUGAUUCAAACAUGUUUCAAGGUUCAUGGUUAUCCACAUGGUUUCAAGUAUCUAAAUGAGAACAAUCCAGGGCAAGGACAGAAUACUCAGAGACCUUCUUUUGUGCAUCGUGGUCAGGCUAAUCAGAAUAAUCAAGGUCAAUUCUAUAACCAAGGACAAUCUACUAAUCAGAGUUUUGGUCCAAGAUCUGGUACAACAUAG